CGUUACAAGUAAACUUACCUUUUUCUUCAUCAUAUUAACCGUUACAAGAGGAAUCAAAUUAUGGUUAAUCUUACUUUUUGCUCUUCUUUAUCAUCUUUAUCUUCCAAAUCAUCAUCAUCAUCAUCCUUAUCCUCAUCAUCUCUUUACAUUCUAACCUGUGCUUAGAUAACAACAAUAAUAAUAACACCGCGAACCACUGGUUACUUAUAUUGAGAAAAUUUUUUUUUUCUUCUCCAAAAGUUAUCAUCAUCUUCUUAAGCUCUUUGUCGAAGGAGAAAAUAAACUAUUCUAUUCCAUUGUUACUAUUUAUCAUCUUAAAUAGUUCAUCUUCGAUCCUUGAAUAUCUUCCUUAUCAUCUUAGCUCUUUUCGAAAUCGUUAUCAUUCACUUUUACUUCGAUCUCUUCUUCUUCUUCUUUUUAUAUAUUCGAUUUCUCCAUCAGACAAAAAAAACAAAUUCUAUUCCCAUACAAACUUAUCUUCUUCUCGAGUUCUAACUUAACUUUCUUGUACUUUCUUUCCUCUCAUCCUCAUCCUCAUCAUCUUCAUCAUCAUUAACCAUCAUCUCAUUACCUUGUCUUCAUGUUACCUUAACUAAGGAUGGACACAAAAACAAGAUAAAAGUGUAAGUUUAUCAUCAGUGAUUAGAUGACAAUUUAAACAUAAUCAUCAAACUAAUCAUCAUUAUCACCUAAAUUCACACAAUAAUAAGAUAGUUAUCAACAAUUAACGAUAACAAAACCUGUUCAAAUAUCUAAAGGUAACAAUUUAAAUAAAACAACAUCACAAUCAAAUUAUAAAUCAUCUCAAUUUCAACAGUCUCAAGUCAAUAUCUUAAAAAUUAACACUCAAAUUAAAAGUUUAUCCUCAUCAAUCAACACCACUAACAAAUUAUACACAUAAAUUUUGUGCUAAUUAUCAUAAUCAAAUUGAUUGUUUUCCUCAGAAUCAUCAUCAUCAUCAUCAUCCCGAUGUUACAUUUUCAUCAAGUGUAAUAGUUUCUAAUCAAAUCAUCAUAAUCAAUUUAACCCAAAUCACCAAAUUGAGAAAAUUGAAUAAGCCGAAAACAUCAAUUACGAUCUUGAAAUCAAUAUCUAAUACCAAUCUCGAUCCAUUACCUUUAACCCUUGCCCUAAAUAACCAACUAAUUUAAAGUGAAUUAAGUUGAUCCAUCAAAUUAUCACCAUCACCAGUUUCAAUAAUUUUCUCAGCUCGAUCUUCAUGAUGCAACGUAGUUUGCGGAUGAAUGAUCUUCAGCUAACUGCCUUGGCCGAUAAAGCCCUUCACGAUAACGGUAAAAAGGGUUACCUUUUCAAACGAACCACCGAAGGGUCAAAAUGGCAACUUCGUUGGUUUGUCCUUUAUCAAAAUCUAUUCUUCUACUAUGAUCAUGAAACCUCAGGUAAACCCUGUGGAUUAAUUUUCCUGGAGGGUUCUUAUUGUUCAAAGGCAAUACAAACUGGAUCAAGUAAAAAUUCAACCCAUUUACAGCAUAUGUUUACAAUUAGCUUUCCCAAGGAAGGAUCAAAACAAUAUGAAUUUAAAUCAGAAACUGAAUCUGAAUGUAAUUCCUGGGUUCAUUGUAUUGAUAUUGCAAGUUUCAGUAAAAUGCUUCUUCUCAAGGAGGAAUUAGAACAGAAACAUUUACAUUUAGUCCAAAUCGUUGAAACUGAGAAAACCGCUAAAUCUCAUUAUACUCAACAAUGUGAAGAGCUUACGAUCGAGAUAAAAAAGUUACGAGCUGAGUUUUUCACCCACCGUAAACAGCUCUGUUCCCUGAAGAAGGAGUGGAAACUUACACCUUACAAAAGGUGUAAUUCAAUUGAGAACGACGAUGAAUCGGAAGAGGUGAAAAAGAUCAAAAAAGUUCAAUCGUUCUUCCGUGGUUGGUUAUGUCGACGUCGAUGGAAACAAAUAGUCGAAGAGUAUAUUAACUCACCUCAUGCAGAAAAUAUGAGAAAACGUAACAGUUUGGUCUUUCGUAUGGUUGAAGCUGAAGAGGAAUAUGUUGAACAGCUUCAACUUUUAGUCUCAUGUUUCCUUCGUCCCCUGAAAAUGGCAGCAUCCUCACAGAAACCACCCUGUUCUCAUGAUGAAUUGAAUUCAAUCUUCUUGAAUAGUGAAACAAUCAUGUUUUUACAUCAAAUUUUUCUUAAAGGUUUGACCGCUCGCAUGGAAUCCUGGCCAACCUUAGUAUUAGGAGAUUUGUUUGAUAUGCUGUUGCCCAUGUUAUGCAUUUACCAGGAAUAUGUUAGAAAUCAUCAUUUCUCAUUGCAAGUUCUUGCUGAAUGUAAGGCGAAGGAAAAAUUUGCGACCUUAUUAAAGCGAUUAGAGGAGAAGCCAGUGAUCGCCAACCGAACAUUGGAAACAUUUCUAACGUACCCAAUGCACCAGGUUCCUCGAUAUAUUAUCACUCUACACGAAUUACUUGCUCAUACACCACAUAAUCAUGUCGAAAGGAAAAGCCUUGAAAAUGCCAAGAGUAAACUGGAAGAGUUAUCAAGGCAAAUGCAUGAUGAAGUCUCCGAGACUGAAAAUAUCCGUAAGAACCUUGCCAUUGAAAGGAUUAUCAUUGGUGGAUGUGAUGUCCUACUUGAUGUUAAUCAAGUCUUUAUCCGUCAAGGAAGUGUCCUUCAUUUACCUGUGCCUAAAGUGAUUAAAAGGAUUAACUCAUUUAAAGGUGAUAAGGAAGUGGUCAGACAAUGUUUCCUUUUCUCAAAUCAUAUCUUACUUUGCAUAAGAGCUUCAAAUGGUAAACUUAAUGUAGUCGAGAAUGUUGGACGAAUACCUUUAACUGAGGCUACUUUGAUUGAAGAACCCGCUGAACAAUUUGCCUUUCUCAUUGAUGAUUUUGCAGAGGGAUCCAUAAGCUACUUUUCUCGAGCCAAUGAAGCAAAUUUACCAGCGUUACAUUUACCAGGAAACAAACAGAUCUACAGUGGACUCGAUUUCAAGAUAAUCUGGGACUGUAAGGCUGGUCCACCCGUUUCGAUUCAUUUGGUUGCACCAACCAUGCAAGAGAAAGCAGCUUGGACCAGUGAUAUAUCACAGUGCAUUGAUAACGUUCAUUUCAAUGAUCUCUUCCAUAGCACUAUGAGUGAUUCAUCAUCGGUAACGAUGCCUCAAUCGAUCAGAAAUGACCCUCGAUUGUACAAGGACGAUGUUGACAUUCGCUUCAGUCGAACUCUAAACUCGUGUAAACUGCCGCAAAUACGUUAUGCUUCACCCGAACGUUUAUUUGAACGUUUAACUGACCUUCGUUUUUUGUCCAUCGAUUUUUUAAACACCUUCUUGUUAACAUAUCGAGUUUUCACCGACGGAGUGACCGUUCUUGAGGCUCUGAAAAAGGUUCACUAUUAUCCGGAAAGUACCUCAUUAGUACCACUUAAUGAUCCAACUGGAUCAUUGGAGGAGCUUAAUCGUGCCAAUGAUUUAAUUGUUAGCUGUUCAGAUUGUGGUGAUAUCGUUAUGACCGGUUCAACUGGUAAUAAUAAUACUGGUCCCAGUGGCAGUGGUUUAACUGGUACUGGUGUUGGUUCUGGUGCUGUAAGUGUUAGUGGAUCAGGAAGUGGAAGAGGAAGUGGACUUGGUGCUCAUGGACCAUCAGAUAUAAUUACUCUUGAUUAUGAUUAUUCAAGAAGGAUAAGUGCAACCUCAGAAUUAUCUGAUAUCUCGGAUGCUCAUCGGGAAUCGGUGGUUUCAGCAAAUUCGGACACCCAAAUGUUGUAUAAUCUUCAACAAGCUCAACAGGAGUACGUUUAUCGUAACAAUCAACACUGGAGAUUAUCUUAUCGUAAAUACCAAAAAGAUGAGAUAACCUUUGUUAUGAGGAAACAACAGAGAGAUGCAGAGAUUAGUACAAAAGUGGAAGAGGAACAAGCUCGAACACGUUCAAAUUUGGCUAAAUCAGCAGAGGAACAAAUUAAUUGCCCACAACGUAUUCUAACAACGGAACCAGUGAACAUUUCCUUACUCUCCCCGGGUCCAGAGAUAAUUCAUCCAAUUCCACCACCGCCAAGCCCUGAGGUUCCAGGAACUUAUCUACCCCCUGAUCUUUAUUCAACAGAAUCAGACAAAGAACAGAAUUCAUCUGAAGAUUCAAGUAACUGUGAGAUUGAACAUUUCAGUGAAAGUGAAGCUCAAAGUGAAAGUGAAAGUUUUCAUGAAUUACAGGAUAAAUUGUCAAUCAGUGUUCCAAGUCACAGCCAAUCAAGUGAAACCCUGAAAGCGGAUCAAAGCUCAUCACCAACCUCACCAACGAUCAUUUCAGCGGCAGCCAGUUUAGGUACACUGGUUGGAAGCGCCGAUUCCAAGAGCGGAUCACCAAGACCAAGUCCAGUCAAUAAAGAGCCACCCCAACAGCUACCAAGGGUGGAAAGUAGCAGUGAUAAUUCAAGUGAGAAUACCAAAAGUAAACAAUUAGAUUACUCAACUUCAUCAUCAUCAUCAUCAUCAACCACAACAACCACAACAACAACAGCACAAACAUCAGAUAACAAAAGUAGUAGUAGUAAUAUAAUAAGUAACAAUAGUAAUAAUUGUAAUAGAAUUGAAAAUAUUUUCAGUAGUUGUAGUAAUAAGAAUAGUAAAAAUGUUUCCAAUGUUAAUUUCAGUAAUAAUAGUAACAAUAAUAAUAAGAAUAAGAGUAAAAAUAUUCAACCGAUAGCAUCCUCAUCACCAACACCAUCACCGAUCAAGGGAAUUCUGGUAAAUUCAACAUCUUCACUAUCAUCUACUUCAUCUACACCACAACAUCAUUCUCACCAUCAUCAUCAUUCUCAUCAUCAUGAGGGUCGAGCAUCAGUUUCUAUUUGUGCCCCAGGGUCAACCCACACAACACCUACACACACAACCUCUAAUUCAUCUUCAUCUGGAUCAUCAUUGUCUUUCAUUCUUCCCUCUCGAAUAUCAUCACCUAAAUUUUUCGGUCGAAGUUCAGCAAGUUCAUCGGAUAAAAAUUCUAAUAGAAUGGUUAGUUCUAAGGUUACUGGGGAAGAGAUUAAUUUUAGUUCCACUUCAACUUCUUCUUCCGGACCUCAGUAUCUUAAAGUUCGUGGUGCAACAGGUAAAAGAGGUUCGAGUGACACUGAAAGUACUGGUUACGCAAGUACAUCAACUACACCUCGAAGCUCAUUUCAAACAGAGACAACGGUUCUAUCAACACCUCGAAGUAGCUUUCAACUUCCCGAAACACCAACAAUGUCUUCUCGUGCUGGAGUAGUUGUCACCUCUUCUCGAGCCUCAUCCAGAAGAUCAUCAACCGCUUCAGCAGCUUCCGCUUUUGCUGUGGCCACCGCAGCAUCAAGUAACCCACCCGAUCCAGGAACUCGAGCAGCGCUAGAGUUGUACGCAUCUCAACGUGGUUCUCGUCAUCCAAGUGCCGUUGGAUCUGAACUUAGGCUACCCUUAACUCCAAGUCGAUCUAAACGUGAAUCCGUUAUAUCAACUGCAGCCACAAUGAGAGUACUAAACGUCCUACGACACUGGAUUUCAAAACAUUCUCAAGAUUUUCAAAGUGAUGCCCGUCUCAUGCAACUGACCACCGAAUUCCUUGAAGAACUGACCAAUAAUCCUUCCCUACUUCCCGCUGAGCAUAAAGCAGCCGGUCAACUGUUAACCAUGAUCUCAAAGGAAGAUUCAUCUAAAAAGGUUGACCUUGACCUUUUACUUGCACCACCACCAUUAGGUUGUAAAGAUACUUUUGAUACCGUUUCCGCAAUGGAGAUCGCUGAAUCAAUGACCUACCUUGAUCAUAAGAUUUUCAUAUCAAUACAAUCGGAAGAGUUUCUUGGUCAGGCCUGGAUGAAAACCGAUAAAACAACCAAAGCUCCUCAUAUACUUUUAAUGACCCGUCGUUUUAAUGAGGUCUCAAGAUUAGUCGCCUCAGAGAUAAUGUUAGCCUGUGAUAUACAAAAGCGUGUAACGACCAUUGAGAAGUGGGCAGCGGUCGCUGAUAUUUGCCGAAUGUUUCAUAAUUUCAAUGGAGUCCUUCAGAUUUGCGCCGCUUUUACCAAUUCAUCAGUUUUCAGGCUCAAACGAACAUGGGAACGUGUCUCAAAAACGGUUAAACAAAGUAUCGACAAGUUACAAUUACUCGUUUCAACUGACGGUCGAUUCAGGAAUAUGCGUGAAGCGUUACACCGAUGUGACCCUCCCUGUAUUCCGUAUCUGGGAAUGUACCUAACGGAUUUAUCGUUCAUCGAAGAGGGUACACCAAAUUUCACCGAUGAUGGACUUCUCAACUUUUCUAAAAUGCGAAUGAUUGCUCAUGUUAUCAGGGAAGUGCGUCAAUAUCAACAAACACCUUAUAAGAUUGAGAUGAAUGUCCGAGCAAUUAAUUAUCUACUGGACACUGGGCGACAUUUAUCCGAUGAUGAACUGUACCAACAAUCACUUGUCCUCGAACCAAGAUUAUCACGAUUAGGGACCAAAAUAACACCGACCUCGGGAGGGACCACGUUCAGUGGAUCAAGUCCAUCACACUUUCCAUCGGGAUCUUAAUUGUGACUCUCAUGAGGAAUCACAAUCAACCAAAAACGCCAACAAUUAACUCAAUAAGCUCAUUGAUUAUCACAUUGUUAUCAUAAUUACACUAUUGAUGAGAGAGAGAGAGAGUAAGAGCUAAUUGUUAUAAAAGAAAAGUGAAUCCAAUCUGAUUAAUAAUCAGAAUCAACUAUUAACUUAUUGAUUAUAAUCAAAUUUAAUUUGGUUUUUUUUUACAUUCAUAUUAUUGAAUCUAAAUGAAAGAGGACCAAAAUUGUUGAGCUUUGUUUUAAUUUACAAUUAAUAUGGUUGGAAUCAUGAUUAACCUGAUUGAUUUAAUGUGUAACCAUCAAGUUAAUCUUAUUAAUCCGGAUUAAAUUGUUCUGGAAAUCAACAAGAUAAAAAUGAUGUUUAAAUGCCUCAUUCAUCCUUAGCCUCAUCUUAAUCAAAUUUAAUCAUUAUCAUUAUCAUCAAUCAAGCACAAUCUUCAUCAUUAAAUAAGGACAAUUAAUCAACAUACUCUCAAUCACCUUAAUCAUCAUCUGCCUAUUUCUAAACAAUUAACUAAUAGGAAAAUUUAAUCGACAAGCAAGUUGAUUAAAGCUCAUCAGAUAUUAACAAAGAAAACAAAAUUAAUCUUAACCACAAUUAACUCAAGGAAUCAAAUUAACUAAUCACCUUUUCUCUCUCUCUCUCUCAAUUCCAACUCAACCGAAUUAAUAACUUUGAUAUUCUAACUAAUAUAUUAAUUGUUAACUCCACAAAAUUUUGUAUAUAUAAAUUAGUGUAUUUAAACUAAUCAACUCAACGUAAUUAGUUAAUCAACUUUAUCUCAACAAGAACCAACUUAAAGUAUUAAUUAUGUACCAAGAAAGAUACAAGAUUGAAAAUCAAACCAAAAAAAGAUCUUAAUUGUUGUAAAUUAAUUGGUGUUGGUUAUAACUAAAUUAAUCUAAUUGUAAUCAUCAGUAAUCAACAGUAAUUACAGUUGUAUGUAAACAUGAUCACAACUUCAUUUGUAUUAUUACAAUUAUCAUCAUCAUUAUCCUUCAAUUGUUCAUAAUUUAUCAUCAAUAUUUUUAUCACAAUUAACUAAUCAACCAAGAGUAAUAAACAAUAAACCAAUGCACAUAAAAGUUGUAAUUUAAAUGAUUGAGCUCUAUGUUUUAAUUGUAAUCCAAAUCAAUUUAUCUCAAUUUGUUAAUUGUUGUUUUCCCUUUUUACCUGAGAAAAACAAAACAAAAUCAAAGACAAACAGUUAAUUGUUUAUAAUUGUUAUUAUUAUUAAAUGUAUCUAAUUAACUGUUCCAAUUUAAUUGUAACCCGUUGAAAAUUAAUAGAUGAACAAAAACUAAAUUAAGUUAAUUGUAAACCUAAAUUGUUCAAUAUAUAUAUUAUUAUAUAUAAAUUAUUCCCAUUUUAUCAAACAUUUUAAUUGUUACUUUGAUUAUUUAAAUUGUUGAAUGACCAAUGAUAGUAAAUUGAACUAAUACAAUCAGUUAAUCAGAUGAUCAAUUUUUUGUUCUGAUUCUCAUUUGAUUGUAAUGAAUCAAAUGAGAAGCAAUUAAAUUAGGUUUACAAUUAAAGGUUGAAAAUCUAAUUGUUAAUUGUUAAUAUUUGUCUCUCAUUUGUAAUUAUAUUGAUAAAUAAUUGAUUCUAAUUGUUAAUCAAUCAAAUUGAUUAUAACUUGAAGCACCAAAAUAUGAUACAAAUACAAUAAUUUGAUUGAAUAUUGUUCACUAAUUGGUUGAACAAUUUACUUUGUCAAAUUUUGAACAAGUUGAUUAACUUUAAUUGUUGUUGUGGUUUUUUUUGUAGCAUUUAAAUUAAAUUUUUGUAAUUCCAAUUGAAACAAUCCAAUGUUACCAUACAAACUUGAAUGCCAAUGUAAAUUAAUUUGUAAA